AGAGCUCUCCAAUCUCUUCCCAAUCAACACAAUCUCCUCCUUUUGUCAUUCCUUCAUCUCUCGCUAAAUCUCUUUCUCUUUGUGCUUUGAGUGUGUGGCAGUGUGCGUUUCUGUGUACAUACACGUAUAUAUAUAGAGAGAGGGCGAGAGGAAAAAAAUGGUGAGGAUAAUUCCUAUGGCUUCAUCGAUUAAACCCUCACUCUCGUCUCUGAGGUUUUCUGGGAUCCCUCGCUUCGGGGUUCCUCUGUCCUCGCCCAAUUCUUAUCGGAGGUUUACUUUGUUACAUCUUGCAAGUGUGGUACCGCAGAUGCAAUCAUUUGGGCUCAGAAAUUCUAAGUUGUUUAAGGAAGAUAGGUGCAGAAGACCAGUUAGAGCAGCAGGAAACACAACACAAGCAAGUUCUGCUACUACACAAGAAAAUGUUUUAGAGUGGGUCAAAAAGGACAAGAGACGGAUGCUCCAUGUUGUCUACCGUGUUGGGGACUUGGACAGGACAAUAAAAUUUUACACGGAGUGUCUGGGCAUGAAGCUGCUCAGAAAGCGAGAUAUACCGGAGGAAAGAUAUACAAAUGCCUUUCUUGGAUAUGGUCCAGAAGAUUCUCACUUUGUGAUUGAACUCACUUACAACUACGGCGUUGACAAAUAUGAUAUCGGCAGUGGUUUUGGUCAUUUUGGAAUUGCAGUGGAGGAUGUAGCAAAGACAGUAGAACUUAUAAAAGCUAAGGGUGGCAAAGUGACACGGGAACCUGGUCCUGUCAAAGGUGGCAAAACCGUGAUUGCAUUUAUAGAAGAUCCUGAUGGUUACAAGUUUGAACUUCUGGAGAGAGGUCCUACACCUGAGCCACUAUGUCAAGUAAUGCUUCGAGUAGGAGAUCUUGAUCGUGCUAUUGAAUUCUAUGAGAAGGCUUUUGGCAUGGAGCUACUUCGCAAGCGGGACAACCCUGAAUACAAGUAUACAAUAGCAAUGAUGGGCUAUGGUCCUGAAGAUAAAAGUGUUGUGAUGGAGUUUACAUAUAAUUAUGGUGUUACUGAAUAUGACAAAGGCAAUGCGUAUGCUCAGAUAGCAAUAGGGACAGAUGAUGUUUAUAGAACAGCUGAAGCAAUUAAGCAAUGUGGUGGGAAAAUUACCAGAGAACCUGGACCUCUACCUGGUAUUAACACCAAGAUUACUGCAUGCCUAGAUCCUGAUGGUUGGAAGACGGUUUUUGUUGAUAAUAUUGAUUUUCUCAAGGAACUGGAAUAAUCUCUUCAGAUACAAAUUGUAAUGCCACAUCUUGGAGAAAAGCCUC